AUGCAAGGAUGGCCAAGUUCCAGGAAUUUAGAUGAUGAAGUUCGCCCAUUUGCUCGGAAGAAAACAGAGUUGACUAUAGAAGAUGAUGUUCUUCUAUGGGGACAAAGAGUUGUCAUACCCCAGGAUCCUGAUAUGCGUACCAGGAUAGUAGAUGAGCUUCACGCUACACAUCCAGACAUAGUCAAGAUGAAAGCCCUAGCUCGAUCUUUUGUUUGGUGGCCCGGAAUAGACAGAUGCUUAGAGCAGAAGGUUCGUACGUGUUCAGUGUGCCAGGAACAUCAGAACAACCCUCAAGCAGCUCCUAUUCAUCCUUGGGAGUUCCCAGAGAGACCGUGGAUGAGAAUACACAUCGAUUACCCCUCAAUUGAGAACCAAGAUGUUCUGAUAGUCGUAGAUGCACAUUGCAAAUGGAUAUAA